CAGCGCUCAGUGUGAAGUCUAAAAUAGCAACAUUACAUAGGGAGUGAAUGUAGUUGCUGAGGAGUGGGCAGGAUCCAUGCUUCACACACUAUCUAAUCUGCAGCCUGCAUGUUGAAACAUCCUGGAUGCUCACAGCACAUAACCACAGAAGCAAAUAUCUGUUUCACUGAAGUCUGACUUGAGUAUCAGGUGCCUGAGAGCUGCCAUAACAGGAGGAUGGAGGCAAAGUCAGACCCAGAGUCCGAGGCCCAGGGCACGUCUCUGGACACAUCGGGGUUCGAGGUAACCGCCGACCGGCUGGAGCAGCUGAUGAAGAGCAUGGAGGUACUGUUGUCGGAUGUGGAGCAGCUGCGGGGACACUGCAGCCACCAGGCCACUGAGCUGAUGCGUGCGGCGGUGGAGCUGAGGCAGCAGCAAGACGAGCUAAAGGAGGGUUACGCUGAGCUGUCCAGAGAGAUGCAGGAGAUCAUGGAUUCAGUGGAUGACCUGUUCAGCACCAAGAGUGCCUUUGAAGCCAAAGAGAAGCAAGCACAGAAACUGAACCGGCAGCUCUGAGGGACAGAAAGUGACUGACGGACUUUGUUUCUCAUCGAGGAGAAAACUGUGAGGGGUGUGGUUUUGGAUUUGGAUGUGUGGGUCUGAAUUUGGACAGGAUGGGUUUGGAGGUGGGGAGAGAUGCUGGGGUUUGCUUUAAUGAGAUUCUAAAUGGCAUUAUAUAACAUUUUUUUGUGCAACCUUGUACUUUUUAGGUCUAUAUCUGACAGCCACGGUCACUGAAAAUAAGUUUGUAUAUUGCAGGAAUCUGUAUCAGUACACUUAGUCCAUUAACUAUAUCACAAUGCAUACAGCCUCAAAAAUAACCAGGAAGUUGAAUCAACACUCUCUGUUGUAGUUUUAAUAAAACGUGAACAUUAUGAACAAAGGUACAAUUUGUUGCAUUGCUUUCAUACUAGAUUGCUAUGUGGUCCUUUGUUAAAUCAAUAACAAGACCAUACAGACCUGCGCUGCAUAUCAACAAAUGAUUUACUAUAAGCCCUUUUACACUGCCUCUUCAAGAUGGGAAUUUCGGGCCAUUAAGCCGCCAAGCUGCCUCGCCGAUCUGUAUAAAAGGUUUAAUCACGGAAUGGAGUGAUAAAGUUGUCUCGCCUUUAAGUCAGCAUUGGAGGUAUUAACAGCGCCGAAACGACAUCUGUAUAAAAGGGAUGGCCAGCAGGACAGUAUCAUGGGUGGCAUGGAUGUGAUGUAUUGCAACGUCUAAUGUGUACCAGGAGAUUUAAAAAAUAGCUGAUAGCAGCUAGCAGACAACUCAAAGAAGUAGAACAGUGGCCGAAAAUGUUUGCAAUUUGGGAAACAAUGAGGUCUGGGUGGUCCUUACCCUCAAAGCAGAGGACAAGAUCAACAAUCAUAUAACAGGGAUGAUAAAUGCCAUGUUAAUGUCAUUGUUAUUGUUUAUAAAGCGCUGCCCGGCGCAUAUGUUGUAUGUCACAACAUACAGUGACACAGUUGUGUUAAACGUCACACCAGUAAUGCCUCUUUUGCUUAGGAUAGGAUGGAUGGCACGGGUGUGACAUUUUGACAAUGUCUUAUGCGUGCAACCCACCACGGGAGAUUUAAAAAGCAGCUAGCAACAGUUAGCAGCUAACUCAAAAAAAAAGAACAGUGGCCAAAAAUGUCUGCAAAUUGGGAAUAAAAUGAGAUUUGCCCUCCAAUCAGAGGAUGAAAUCAGCUGCCAUAAAACAGGGAUGGUAAAUGAUUGUUAUUGCCAUGUCAAUGUCAUUGUUAUUGUUUAGAAAGCACUGCUGAUGCACGUGUUAUAUGUCACACUCCAUGAUGCUGAUAUGCUGUCUAAAAUCAUACACUAGAUGAUGCUGCCGUUGUUUGGUUCUGUAUAAAAAUGGCAUAAAUAAGGGGCUUCGUGGCAGCCCUAUAGUACAAUCUCUGCGUUAAAAGGGCUACUGCGUGUUCAAGGCGAGAAUUUCCUGCUGGGGGACAGAGUUGUUUUGCCUUUAAGCUGGCAUCAGAGGUAGUAACAGUGCCAAAACGACAGCUGUAUAUAAGGGACAGCCAGCAGGAUGGGUUCAUGGAUGGCACGGGUGUGACGUUUUGAUGAUGUCUUAUUUGUGCAACCCACCAGCUACCAGCAGUUAGCAGCUAACUCAAAGAAGAAGAACAGCUGCCAAAAAUGUCUGCUAAAAUAAGGAGAUUCAGGCGCCCCUUACCCUCUGAGCAGAGGACCAGAUUAGCCACCAUAUAACAGGAAUGGUAGAUGAUUGUUUUUGACUUGUUAUGCUAUUGUUAUCAGCGGCUCUAUAGCGUGAUCCAUUAUGUUAAAUGGGCUCAUGACUUCUGCUAUCACCAUUUCUUUUCCUUCCCACCCACUAACAAACAUAUACAUCACAGCUAUCAUCUCCCUCUAACAAGGCAUUCUGCGCUGACAGUUAAAGUAUACAUCCACACCAAAGUGUACAUUAUACGUUGCUCUUGUCAGCCUUUAUGGCUCCUGCAGCUUUUUCUCUGCUGAAUUUAUGGCACAGGAAUGUUGCUCCUCACCGAUGGCUGCUGGUACAUCUUCCAUAUUCUUUUCCCAUCCGCUCUUCCCUCCACUGUGGCUUCUCACUAAAAUAAACCUAAAUGGAGCCUUAAGGCAAUGUUUACCUCCCAGAGGCUGUGUGCUGUGACUUACUGGUCUGUACUUAGUGGUUCUGGGAUGUGUGAAGGGGACAAUCAGUGGUCAGCGUCCUGAAAAAAAUCAAUCAGCGGGUAACAUCAAGAGUUUUGACCCUCAAUCAUAUUCUGGUGGAUUUCUUAUGUAAUAUAUAUGCAACAAUUCAUAGGUGUGGAGUCUGAAGAGGGUGCAAGGGACAAGUCCCCUUCAAUCUUUAGAACAUGUAGAACAUUUUGUCCCCCUGAUAAAAAUAUGAAAGCAGCAGAGGACUUUUUUGGACAUAUAUAAAGAGGUUUACACCAUAAAUUGAUGCAGAAAAAGCACAAAUUGAUGCAUAAAAGAAUGAACCAGACAGCAGAAUUUUAAAGUGUUUGAUGCUCAAACUUUUCUGGCGAAGGACCCCUGAAACCCCCCGUUUCAUAUGUCCUCUCCAAAGUUGAAAUGAAGCCUACACCCUUGCAACUAUUAAAUGCUGCACAUCAAAAUAUUCUCUUCCUUUUCUUCUGUGUUGGAACAAUUAUUUAAAUCAGCUGCUACAGAAAAGCAGAUUUUUGUUUUUGAUCAUUUCUCUAACUAAAACCCACGGGUGCUAAUGAGAGGACUCGACAUAAAACUAUAACAUCAGUAGUCCCACAGCCCCGAGGGUCUUAAGUGGAAAAACCCCUGUUCCAAAUCCAAGCUUAUAUUCAGCGUUAAAAAAAGAAGUCAACAUUUUGUGGCUGAAACCUGACACUUUAUGGGCUGUGGUGUUGGUGAGCAAAGAGGGUGAGGAGAUAGAAAGCUGGGCGUCAGUGCCUACCUUCACUACUGAGGUGCACAUCCCUCUGGACUGCUGGUCGACCAGCUGGGAAUUCACUUCAAGAAGGUAAGACGAAUCUGAUGAUGAUAUUAGCUGUUUAAUAUCUGUUGCCUUGGCACAUUAAAUGUACGUGUGAAACAUUAGCGAAGACAUCCAAGGAUAUCAAGAAAUGUGGAUACUGUUUGAUAAACAUGUAUUACUGCACUCAUCAUUCAUAAUAAAUAUAAUAGUUGCAUUUAUUUUUUGUUAUUUAGCUUCUAUCCUCAUCAGUAGUUCUGCAGUAUCUCCUGGUGAAAAUGAACAUCCUACAAGUUCUGGGUCUCCUGCAGCUACUGGCUGUACCUGCCUUCACUCUGACACGUCCGACCGCUGACUACUGGGGAGAGUUUGGCGCCUAUGGGCCCUGCAGCCGCACCUGUGGCACAGGAGUGGCUAUGAGAACCAGGAAAUGUAUCACCUCCAGGACAGACGGAGGACAUAACUGCUUAGGGUCUUCCAAGUCCUUCCGUAUCUGUAACACACAGGAAUGUCCGGCUGGAUCCAGAGACUUCAGGGAGGAGCAGUGCUCCCAGUUUGACAGAGCAGACUUCCAGAGCAAACGCCAGACAUGGGUGCCUUAUUAUGGAGCAACCAAUCCAUGUGAGCUGACCUGUGUCCCAAGAGGAGAGAACUUCUUCUACAGACACAGACCUGCAGUGGUGGAUGGGACAAAGUGCUACGUGGGCCGCACUGAUAUCUGUGUGGAUGGUGUCUGCAGGAUACUGACCCAGGGAGACUUUAUGGGCCUGGAUGAAGACACUAAUUCCGUACACGCCGCUGCCUCUGUUGCUGUAGCUCCCCACCCAAGAGAGACACUCACAUAUGUCUACAAGACUGGUGUCUUUGGCCAGUGCUCUGCCGCCUGCAAUGGAGGCAUGCAGUACCGCACCGUGCAGUGUUGGGUUCAGGACCCAGCGAACCCCCGUGUGGUGGAAGAGACUUACUGCAUCACCCAGCGCCUGCAGAGGCCACAGAGCCAGCAGGCCUGCAACAUGCAUGCGUGUGCUGGUUCUGCUGGUGCUACUAUUUCUUCUGCUCCUGCUGCUGAGUACAGCGUCUCCAGCUUCAGUGUGUGCUCUGUGACUUGUGGGGAAGGCCAGCAGACGAGGGAGGUGACCUGCGUGGGUGCGAGAGGUGAACGCCUGCCUGAGCGUGCCUGCAGUGGACUGGCAAGACCCGCCUCUGUCCAGACCUGCCGACGACCUGCCUGCCACACAUACAUCACCUGGCAUGUGACUGACUACGGACUGUGCACUAGGAGCUGCGGUGGUGGUGUGAGGGAGAGGAGAGUGGGCUGCUUCGACACCGAUCUGAACCCUUACCCAGAGGACCAGUGUGGCCCAGCUAGCAAACCCGUCUCUGUGGAGACAUGCAACGCUCAGCCAUGCCCCAGGGCACAAUUGGUCCCAAGUGUGCAGGACCCCAGGGCACAUGAAAACAUCAUAAGAGGAUUUGUACCUCAUGUUCCAGCAGACCCUUCAGCUUCCAGGCCACAAACAAACAUUGUAUAUGAUCCCUAUCCUGCUGCGGUCGGUCCUCACUGCACACAGUCAUACUAUGGCUGCUGUCCUGACGGCUACACCUCCGCCACGGGGCCCGGGAACGAGGGCUGCUACCAGAAUGACUGUGUUCGCACCAGGUUUGGCUGUUGUCUGGAUGGGGUGACUCCAGCUCAAGGAUUUGGAAGGAUUGGAUGUCCUGAGUUCCUGACAACUGUGCAAAACCCACCACCUCCAGCCCCUCCAUCCACCGGUAACGUAUGCUCCUUGCCUCGUGACGAAGGCCCCUGUGAUACCUGGAAGGUCCGCUUCUACUACGACUCAGGCACGAGCAAAUGUACUGAGUUCUGGUAUGGAAGCUGCCACGGCAAUGCUAAUAACUUCAUGACCCUGGAGGCAUGCCAGAGAGAGUGUGGGGGUGCGGUGAGGGAGACCUCACCUGCACCUCGCAGAGGGACCCCAAGGAGAGGGUCAUCCAGCAGUGCUUCAAGGGCGAGGGCAUAACCAUGCUCCCCAUUAAUACCUCCAAAUCAGUGCUGUCUCUGUGAAGCUAGCCACACAUUGUACACGUAGUAUUUACAUACAGUAUAUAAAGUCACACACAGACGUGUAUUGUAAAACUUACCACACCCUACCUUUCAGUUAAACAUUAGAGUCUACAUCAUCUCGGUAGUCUCACGCUAUAACUUACAUGAUUUCAGAUUAUGGUUCUGAUUGUUACCUUUUAAAUCUUUGGUAUUUUGUUUGUGAUGCUCACUAUAUUCACUUAUAUAGUUUGCCGUUUAGAUCAGGACUAUAAUAAAAUGAUGUCAAUGUGAUUACCCAUGUGAAAUAAUACACCUGAUCAAUAAA